AUGAGCCAUCAAAAUUUGACUUUCGACGAAUUACAUCGUUUGAAUGUUACUUCAUAUGAAGUCCUCUUAUGGUCAUCUUCGAUCGAUCUUGCUGAACGAUAUCAAUAUUAUAUCAAUCAACCGACUAAAUCUAUUCGAUUGAAUGAAAAAUUCUUUAAUUGCACACCACCUUGGUUUGGUUCUCAUUGUCAAUAUUCAUUCGAAGUAGUGUCGAAUUUUGCCGAAACGAGAUUAAAUGUUCAGGGAAAAUCUCAUAUGACUGAUGCUAUUACUCAUCGAACAUGUUACAUUCUGCUAGAAUGUGAUCGUAGUGGUGCAUCAAUGUGUCUCGAUUGGCGUGAAAUAUGUGAUGGUCGACUUGAUAGUUUCAAUGAUGGUAUUGAUGAAAGCCAAUGUUUUGAAUUAGAAAUCAAUGAGUGUAAUGAAAACGAAUAUCGAUGUCAUAAUGGAUUAUGCAUACCAAAACAGUUUUGGAACGAUGAAUUUGACGAGGCCGAAUGUCUUGAUAAAUCGGAUUUAUUGAAUAUACCUGAUUGUCCAGAUAUCUAUCUCCAACUUUAUAUUUUUAGCUGUGCAGAAUAUGCAUGUCGGCCCGAUGAAGGUCAAUUUCCAUGCGGCGAUGGACAAUGUGUAGAAAAUUUUGGUAAAUGUCACAAUGGACGGCAUCUUCUGUUAACCGAAUCGCUCAGUGUUCAAGGAAACCUACCAUACGGUUGCUGGAUAGCUAUGGUUUGUCUCAGUAAAAUCACCGAUCAAGUUGAUGAAGUAUUAUGUGAACAGUUCGUUAACCUUUCUCAGAUUCUUCCUCGACUAGAAACUUGUAAAUAUCCUAUUCAAUUUCCAACUAUUCCCGUACUCUUAGGUCAUGUACGCUUUUUAUACCAUCCGAAACAGAUUUUUAAUAUCAGUAUCGAAUUAGCUCUCGUACCUGAUUAUGUUUGUUAUGAUGAAAAACUAUGUGAUUUUCUCAUGCCUACAUUUCAUAAUGAAAAUUUGACUUGUCGAUAUGGUCAUGAAAUGGGUCUUGGAUCGGAUGUCGAGGUGAACAACUGGAAAUCAAUCAUCGAUUUAGUCAAACCCUAUUUUCGUGGUUGCAUCACUCAACAUUAUCAUGAUAUUGAUGCACAUUAUUCAUCGUUGUAUGCGUGCAAGAAUUCUUCGAAAUAUAUUUCGAAACAUCGGCUCGUUGACGGCAUCUCAGAUUGUUUUUUGAACGAUGACGAACAAGUAUCUGAAUUGAAUUGUUCGUUGGAUCAUCUGUAUCGAUUUCAAUGUUUUAGUGAUGCUCUGUGUCAAUCAAUUUCGUUGCUAACAGACGUCUGCCAGAUUGAAAGACAGAAAAAUUUCGAUGAAAUAUUAUUUUAUGAAAUUUGUGAUCGAGCUGUCGAUCUGUCUCCGAUAAUAAUCGAUGGACGAAAUCAUUCGGACGAGACCGAUUGUGAACAUUGGCAAUGCAACAAUAUCUACACACGAUGUGAUGGCUUUUGGAGUUGUAAAUACGGAGAUGAUGAAGAAAAUUGCAUGCGUCCGAUUUGUCCUAAAUAUUUUCUUCCUUGUAUUUUACCACAUAAUUCUACAUUAUUUUGUUUGCCGGCCAACCAAGUUGGUGAUAGAAUUAUUGAUUGUCUUGGAGCAUCCGAUGAACUUGAAUAUUGUCGAAAGAACUAUGGCGAUCUUCAAACUUAA